AUGAAGAAAUGCCCUGACGCGGUUGCCAUUCAGCUGAUGUUCGCUCACCUUCAACUACCCCACAAGGAAGUGACGAUCAAGAAGGACCAAUGGCCGAUCAUUCGAGAGGAGAUUCUCACCAAGAGGGUACCCGCUCUGCGUAUCGAACGUCCAGACGGUGGCCUCACAUGGCUCAACGAGUCCAAGGGUAUUGUUCGUUGCAUUGGUGCGGCCUAUGACCUGCUCGGCAAGGAUGAAAUGGAGAAAUACUAUAUCGUUGAAACAAGCGAGCCGCUGUUUGCCUUCUAUCGGAACAAGAAUUACGUCGAUGACCUAAAGGAACUGAGGAAUAAGCUCUUCGAAGAUUUGACCCCUAUUCUCAGGGCAAAAGGUGAUCAGAAUGACUGUCUGAUGGCUAUGCUGUCUGCUGCACAGAGGUCUGUUGAACUAUGGUCUGCGGCCAUCGCCAUCAGACUUGGCGUUACGCUUUAUCUCCACCUGCCUGCCGCACCAAACCGUCGACCGAAACUGACCAUCAAUUUUGGCUUCUUAACCAUCCACCUACUAGCCAGUUACCUAAAUGUUCUCAUAGUCUGCAAACUAAUCUGA